GGGGGGCCUGGCCCGGCCGAGGGCGCCCCCUACCCCUCAUCCCCUCCGGGGCUCGCGUGGGGAGGGGAGAAGCGGCCGAGGCGGCGGCUGCCCGGGAGGCUCCGGCGUUGCCGCACGGCGAAAUCAAACCAGCUGGCGGGGCUGGAGGAGCCAAUGGGCGUCGAGGGGCCGGGCCGGGCGUCCAAUGAGCGGAGGGCGGCUGACGUCACGCGAGCUCCGCUGCCCGCCGGCCGCCCCAUUGUCCGCCGGCCGAGCCCCGAUGGCGCCGGAGCGCAGGGCGGAGGGUCCGCCGCGGGCCUUUCUGCAGAGCCUCCGCCCGCUCUACGACAUCCUGGACGAGCGGCGGCGGGGCUACGUCCACCUGCGGGAGAUCGAGUCCCGCUGGCUGCAGCCGGGCGGGGAAGCGGGGCCGCUGCCGCCGGGGGUCCUGGAGGGGCUACGCCGGGCGGCUCCGGCCAGCGGCUACCUGACCUUCGAGCGCUUCGUGCUGGGCCUCCGGCUGGCGCUCCUGGGCCCGGAGGCAGACGACGGCCCCGGCGGGAAAGUCGCGGCCCGAGCGCCCGGCCCCCCCGGCGGCCCCCCGACGCCGCCGCUGAAACGGGCCCCCCACGCCUCUCGGAGCCUGGAGCGGAGCAGCCGCGGCGGGCGGGCGGAGCAGCAGCUGCAGGGCAAGCGAGCCGCAGGAGAGGCCAGUGAGAGCCGGAAGCCGCCCAGGGAGCAGGUGGGAACCGAGGGUCCCUGCAAGGAGCCACGGAGGCAGCUGAGCAUUCGAGGGGAAAGGCGGAGACACACUAUCACCCACGGAGUGGAUUACGAGAUGCUGAAGCAGAUGAAGGAGCUGGAGAAGGAGAAGGACUUCCUGCUGCAGGGGCUGGAGCUGGUAGAGGAGGCCCGGGGCUGGUACCACCAGCAGCUCCAUCGCCUGCAGGGGCACCAGAAGCAGCUGGCGCAAAGCAAAGGCUGCCAGCAGGAAGAGGAGAGCCGGAUCCCGCUGAACCAUCUCGUCCCCCAGUGCCUCUGCCAGCUGCUCUCCCUCUCUUCCAAGCCUGGGAACUCAAGCCCCACCGUCUCCCACAGCCCGCCGGCCACUCUGCUGGGCCCCACCCCAUCCCUAGGGCCACAACAGACCAUCAACAUGCUGAAAGAACAGAACAGGCUUCUCACCAAGGAGGUGACAGAGAAAGGCCACCGGAUCACCCAGCUGGAGCAGGAGAAGUCUGCCCUUAUCAAGCAGCUCUUCGGUGCUCGGGCCAAAAGUACCAAGGACAGCGACCAUCUGGACUCCACUUUUAUUUAGCCUCUGGACACCCGUUGCCUAUUUCUGGGGCAUCUCCCCCCCCCCCCCCGAGACUGGGAAAAUGGGACAUCCCCCAUGGAGGGGGGGAGGCUGCAGAAGAAUCUGGAACCUGCCCCCCCCCCCUCUUUGCAGGCUGGCCCUUCUGGAUUUUACGGCCAGCAGGAGGCAUCGCAGCACCUUAUCUGGUCAAGGAUAUCCUUAACGGGCACUUUGCAGGGUCAGGAGUGGGGCUGAGACUCCCACGGAAGACCCCUUCCUGACCGCAACACUCCUGGACGUUCGAAAAAAAUGUGUAGCAGCCCUGUCAGACUCCCGGGGUCCCGAUUCCCACCUCUUAGAAUAAACACGGGCUCUCUUUUGUGCCUGGGCCUCCGAAUGAUAUGGGCAUUUUUUUAUUUUAUUUUUAUGGCUGACAUUUCCAUGGUGCUCUACUUCAAACUGUGCCCGCAGAAGGGGCUAUAUAUGUGAAUGCGCUUCCUCUGUGUAGCAGAAAACCUUCAGAAUCCACUUGGUUUCCUUCACGCUGGGAGAGAAGCCCCCACCCACCCACGCCAGGCGAAUUCAGCUGACAGGCUGCUUAGAACCAGCUGUUUUUCAUUGUAAGAGGAAGCUGCCAAAGGAUUUGGGACUCUGACUUCCCCUCCAGUUACUACGGAUGUUUACUUAUGUUUACAAAUAAACACUGCGUCGGUCUCUUUUUCUGCAUCACAUUUUUCAGGAUGUUUUUUUUUAAAAAAAAAAAUACCGUCCAUGUGUUAGUUUCGUUAU